GCGAGCGAGCUCCGAAAGCGAGAGAAGAGAGCAUUCAGUCGCUCGCCUGCUCUACAGCUGUAACGACACGCUACUUGUUAUUUCUUCGCCGUCGCUCGAUAAUAACUUCAACCAACAAGAUGCCUGCUGACAGCUACUUGAAAGCCGACCCAGAGCUGAAGAAGGAGCUGGCCGAGAUCGCCGCUGCGAUCGUCGCACCCGGCAAGGGUAUCCUCGCCGCCGACGAGUCGACCGCCACCAUCGGCAAGCGCCUCCAGAGCAUCAAUGUCGAGAACAACGAGGAGAACCGCAAGGCCUACAGGCAGCUGCUCUUCUCCACCUCCAAGGAUGUGAUCAAGGAGCACAUCAGCGGUGUCAUCCUCUUCCACGAGACCCUGUACCAAAAGGCCGAGGACGGCACCCCCUUCACCCAGCUGAUGAAGGAGCGCAACAUCAUCCCCGGCAUCAAGGUCGACAAGGGUGUCGUGCCCCUCUUCGGCACCGACGACGAGUGCACCACCCAGGGCUUGGACGACCUCCAGGCUCGCUGCAUCCAGUACAAGAAGGACGGCUGCCACUUCGCCAAGUGGCGCUGCGUCCUCAAGAUCAAGAAGGACUGCCCCAGCAAGCUGGCCAUCCUCGAGAACGCCAACGUUCUGGCCCGCUACGCCUCGAUCUGCCAGAGCGCCAGGAUAGUGCCGAUCGUCGAGCCCGAGAUCCUUCCCGAUGGUGAUCACGAUCUGGCCCGCUGCCAGCAGGUCACCGAGGAGGUCCUCGCCGCCGUCUACAAGGCCCUGAACGAUCAUCACGUCUACCUCGAGGGUACCCUGCUCAAGCCCAACAUGGUCACGCCCGGCCAGAGCUGCCCGAAGAAGGCCACGCCCCAGGAGAUCGCCUCGGCGACGGUGAUCGCUCUGCAGCGCACCGUGCCCCCGGCGGUGCCCGGCAUCACCUUCCUCAGCGGCGGCCAGUCCGAGGAGGAGGCCUCCGUCAACCUCGACGCCAUCAACAAGUACCCCGGCAAGAAGCCCUGGGCACUCACCUUCAGCUACGGUCGCGCCCUCCAGGCGUCCGUGCUCCAGGCUUGGGGCGGCAAGAAGGAACAGAUCCAGGCUGCGCAGGACGAACUCAUCAAGAGAGCAAAGGCCAACAGUGAAGCAGCGCUCGGCAAAUACGCCGGAGGUGUCAGCGGAGCUGCCGGAGAUACGGCACUCUUCGUCGCCAAUCAUGCUUAUUAAAUCUUGAUGCAUCUCAAUGUUAACUGCAGUUAUUAUCUCGAAGUUCUAUCGACAUCGCUGAAUUUUGGGAUAUGACGUUAAAAAGCAAGAAAAAAUAAUAACGAAGAAACAGAAAAGGAUUGCGAUAAUUGAGACAUUUGAUGUUAUGAAAAAAAAUUAUUAUCAUCGAAUAUCAAAUAUCAAUGUGUCUUUACGAGCAAAACUUAAUUUGCUUUGAUCAAUUUAUUUUAUUUUUAAAUUUUUCGAACGCAUGUAUAGAAGCGAUCCUUUUGUUUCGUGCAAUAGACGAAUGAAUAUUUUUUAACCAUAUAUGUUACGGUCUUGUAAAAAAAAAUCAACAAUAACAAUCCUCCAUCGAGUUAUCUACGAACACUGCACUCGUUGGCAAUGGCAAAGAGUAUAGUAACUCAACGAUAGCACCCUCGAUCUCGUAUUUUCUUACGUUCCAAAAAAUUGUAUUAUUUUGUCAAUAUCGCGUGAUACAAUACGAGACCCGACGGAAUGCAUCGUUUAUUAUUAAUGUAUACAUAAAAAAAUUAUCUAUUUAUAUACGUGUAUGACUUUAUUUUUAAAAAAAAUUUUAAGUUUAAAUCAUUUGAUAUUUGUAUGAUGUAUUAUUGUGAAUUUUCUCGAUGAUUUGAUUAUUAUAUAUUAUUAUAUUAUUUGUACACUUCAAGCGAAAAAAAAUCAACUUUUACGUUACCACAAAAUUUAUUAUUGUCUUUCAUUAAUGUCUGACUGUUUAAUGAUUGUUUUCACGUUGUUUUAAUGUUUAAGACGAUGUCGUCAGAUAUGGGAGUCCUAUUAAAUGUUGACAAUUAAUAGCUUUACAAAAGUUGAAUAAAAUCAUGUUAGAUAAAAAAAAGUUAUCAAGUUAAAGUGUACAAAAAA